AUGUUACCGAGCAACAGCCUGUGGUCACCACCUCAAAUAGUUACCGAGAAUGGUGUAACUGUCAAAGAUGUUGUUCCUCGUUCCAUUUGGGACGGCAGCCAUUUAGAUGAUGACGAUUGUAUCUGUGGAUGCGAAUGUUGUAAAUGUAAUUGCUGUGCAAGUUGUACAGAUUGGUUUGUUCGCGAUCCCUUUGGUAUUGCGUGCGGUAUAACUACCUGGCUCUUAUUUUUAUUUGGUGAAUUUGUCGUUGUAUUUGUUAUUCUUCCCACGUACAGUGGUCCAAUGAGAUGGGGAAAUAUCAUUUUAUUUCACUUUCUUGCCCUAUUUGCUGUUAUGUCACAUCUACGGGCUAUGUUUAGUGAUCCGGGCACCGUCACACUAAAUAAUGCCACGAAAGAAAAUCUGUUAAAAUAUGCACGAGGUACCGUUCUUCACAGAUGUCCAAUGUGUGUACAACGAAUGGAUCAUCAUUUGUAUACAUUUUUAAUCUCUCUACACGCAAUAAUAUUGAUUAUAUAUCAUUUGUAUACAUGCGUCAGCUCCGACUGGACAGCUUGUAAAUAUUGGAGUCCACCAGCCACAAUUAUAUUUAUAAUCUUUCUAGCAUUUGAAGGUCUGAGUUUUGGUAUAUUUACGAUGAUUAUGUUUUGUUCACAAGUAUGGUCGAUUUAUACUGAUGUAACGGCCAUUGAAUCACUAAAAAAAGAAUAUACAGGCAAACGUCAAUCAUUUAUUAGUGCUCUAAAAAUUGUAUUUGGAACACAAUUUGGUAUUCACUGGUUGAACCCGUUUUUUCCACCAACGCAUCAUUUAAUAAUUAAUAAUGAAGAAUGUGUACUAAUUGAUGUGUAA